CAACAACAACAACAACAACUAAAUUACAAAUUCAGCAAGAAAACUAAGACUAAUUAACAUGACAGAACAAGAAACAUGGGGUCAGUUAGUCAGUUUAACUGACAUUUAUUCGGAUCCUAUAUUGCUGACGAGUGACAAAUAUUCUAUUGGUCGUGCUAAUGAUUGUGAUUUGAGUCUGAGUGAGAAUAAGCUGGUAUCUGGACACCACUGUCAUAUAUCACGAGAGAAGGAUGGCAAAAUAACAUUAACAGAUACAAGUACAAAUGGUACCUUGCUGAAUAUGACAUAUAAAGUUACUAAAGGAAAGACGAAAGAACUUCAGCAUGGGGAUGAGUUUUACAUUGUUUUCAAGAAAGAUAACGAGGAACUCAAUGUUGGAUAUAUUUUCCAAGAUUUAUCUGAACUGCAAAAAGAAGAAGGUACUCAAGAAUAUUCCCCACCUAAUUUAAUGGAUGCCACCCUUGAAGACACAGACUGUAACUACAUUUCUCCUGAAAGAGUAAACAAUAAACGGAAGUCUGUUGAUAAUGCUGAAGAAGCCAAAGAACCCAAAAAAGCCAAAACUGAAGAGACUAGUAAUGUGAAAGUAGCAGAAACUGAGGAAAGUAAAUCAAAUAAAGCCAAAGAUAUUGAAAGUAAAGAAAGGGGAAGUUCUAAAGAAGAAAAGAAAUCUUCUGAAGUAGCGAGUGAUGUUACCAAGGCAACAUCAUCUAAACCAUGUAUAGAGGAAAAAGAUGAUAUUGAGGAAAACCUACAAUGUAUGAUCUGCCAAGAAAUAAUGCAUGACUGUAUCAGUCUACAACCAUGUUUACAUUCAUUCUGUGCAGGCUGUUACUCUGAUUGGAUGUCAAGGUCACAAGAAUGCCCUUCUUGUAGAAAAAAUGUGGAGAGGAUCAACAAGAAUCAUAUAGUCAAUAACUUAAUAGAGGCCUACCUUAAAGAGCAUCCAGGUAAAAGAAGACCUGCUGAAGAUUUAGAUGAACUUAACAAGAAAAACAAAAUAACUAACGAUAUGUUGUAUCCAAAGAAUCUUGUGAAACAAGAAAGCAGUGACUAUAGUGAUGAUGAUGAUAAUAGUGAUGAUAAUGAUGAUGAUGGUGAUGAUAACUACGUAAAUCCUCCAGUACCUCCAAUAUUUCCACCAGUAAUUCAACAGGCACCAUUAUUUGGAUUUGGUACACCAAUAUUUGGAGUAACAAGAGCAUAUAAAACUGUGUGUCGUCAGUGCCCAGAAUAUAAGGAUCCAGAUACUGGGACGGGAGUUAUAGGAGGAAUAAAAACAGGUAAAUUGUUCAAAGAUGAAAAUAGGAAAAAUAACCCCACAUAUAUCAACCCGAAACACCAUUAUUUUACAGCUCUUAAUAAUGUUAAGAAUUUGAUCACUGGAGCUGGGAACCAGGACAACAACACUGCAACUGCUGGUACCACCAAUACUUCUGCUGAACCUGCAAGCUCAGGAGGGGAACCAUCCACUUCUGGUGAGACCUCAGGAACAGGAGAACCAGCAGAAGUAAAACCAUCUACCUCAGGCGAUGGAGAGAAGACUUUCAAAGAUGAUCCAAAAGAGAUGCCCACACCACCUAAUCAUGUUUGUGGACCAAACCAGAAUCAUAUACUGUGUCAGUGUUGCCUUCAACCAUUUCCAGAUAACAGACUGUUCGGACAACAAAAUCUUUCUCCUAUAUCAUGUGGGAUAUGCUACAGGUCUUACUGCCAUGCUUAUUGGGGUUGUAGAAAAGCAGAUUGUCUCGGAUGUUUAAACAAAUUUAAAGAGAUGAAUUUUGGAAGGAAGGCACUGGUGGGGAUCAUUCUUGAUAACCAGUUUGAGUCAGAAAUAUUUAGGGAUUAUAUAGACUCUAAAGGAUUAUCUGUGAGAGAUGUGUUACAAGAAUGUUGUAGAGAAAUGGAUGCCGGAAGAUUCACUGUUACAGCACAGGGAACACAUCGAAUGACGAGUGAGACCCCUGUCUGUUAUGCUUGUGGACUCGCAAACUUCAAACAGCUUGCAUUACAGUUUAGGAAAACAUUAAAACGUGAAGAUUUACCAGCCAAGGCUCAGAAUAGACCAGAUUGUUAUUGGGGUGCUAAAUGUAGAACACAGAAGAAUAAACCUCAUCAUGCUAGGAAUUUCAACCACAUCUGUGACCAAACAAGACAAUUUUAGUGGGAACUAUAUUUUUGGAACU